AUGCUAUUCUGUAUGAAGAUACCAUCGGCCAUUAUGUUAUGGAUAGUACCGUUACUGCUGAUCCCUUUGUGUUCUGCGAAUAGCAAAAACAGCAGCAACAAGGUGAGUUUGAUUUGUGAAAUUUCAGAUGAUCGAGACUUUAUUUGAUAUCAGCGAUUAAUCCAGAAAGUUUAUGGUCGUUGAUUGCAUUCAUUUGCCAGAGAAAAUGGAAUAAAAUGGAAUAGAAUCAAUGAAAGUAUGAGUCAGAAUGGUUGUCCUAACAUCCGGCGCCGUUUUCAACAUUUAUUUUUUGAUAUCUAGACAUGUUUUAUGCUUCGCUUGUAAUUAGUAUCUGAAUAAUAUAUAUUAUGGUAGAAUUUAUAAUCGAUAUGGGUAGUCCCCUAGUCAAAUAAUAUAAAUGCACAGGAAAUGAAUAGUUGGACAACCGAUAAAAUGAUCAUUAGCAGUGAACUUGAAUAACUGAACAAACGAUGGACUAGAUAUAUAUAUAUAUAUAUAUAAAUGAAUGAAUCAAGCAGUGAGAGUCAUAUAGAAUGUCAGCGGCCAAAAGUAGACUCCUUCACGCGUCUUGUGUUACUGUACUUAGCUUAUAUCUGCUUUCAUUUAUCUAUUAUCAUUAUUAUUAAUUAAUAUUCAUUGUCAGUUAUUUAAUUACUUAUUUUUCAAAGGCUAUUUCAGAAACAAACAUCCCCAAGAAGUGCAUUAACUUUAAAUCAAAGAGAAUGAAUAAUGUAUUGACCUCUCUCUGUUUUUCUUUUUCAUUUCUGCCCUUAAUUUCCUCAACAGAAUUCCCAACAUGGCUCUUGUGGUUACUCUCCUUGUUUCUGCGCACCGGGGAUACCGGGCAUCCCAGGAAGCCCGGGACCCGCGGGACCAGCUGGUACAUCGGGAUCACCCGGGAAUAACGGACCCAAAGGACCUAUGGGUCAACGAGGAGUCAAAGGCGAUGAAGGACCCCGUGGAAAACAGGGACUUCCUGGCCCCAAGGGAGGUACAGGGUCAACUGGUCCAGCAGGCCCACUCGGAAGCAAGGGUGAUGCAGGUCCCCCUGGAAGUCAAGGUCCCCCUGGCCCCAAGGGACCACAAGGCCCCUCGGGUCAAGCUGGAAAGAAGGGUGAUAAAGGGCCUCCUGGAAGUCAAGGUCCCUCAGGUCCCAAGGGGUCUUCAGGGUCUUUUGCACGUAACUGGAAACAGUGCGUUUUUAAGGAUCUGAGCGAUGGCAGGGACUCUGGAUUGGUCAAGGUGAAAGCUAAGUUGGCCUCCGAAUAAAAAGUUCGUCAGUACUUGGGUUUUAUUUAAAAACAUAGAAUUUCAUUAGAAGGUCUUGCUCGCAAAUUUGCCUGGAUUAGAACUAGUAGCCCGUGUGGCUCAUUUGUUUAAUUAUUUAUUUCCUUUACUUCCAAAAAAUUCCCAAUUUUAUCGAGUAAAAUCUUUUAACAUGGAAGCACUCCUCAGCAGUUUUGCAUGGUAAUACCAUGGGAUUUUUUUCACAGAUUAAAGUGUUAGUUUAACCCACCUUGUACCACUGUACCAUACGAAAGCGUCGCUGAGGACGUAAAAUUUUAGUGUCGGAUCCAGACCAUGAGAUAAGGAUAAGAUAAGGUCUUCAAAAAAUUUUUUCUGCCCGUCGGGCCUUAGUUUGGUCUAAAAUAUAAGGUGGGGGAGGGGGGCACCCAGGUCCCUCCACUAGAUCCCUAUUGUAAUUUGUAUCGUCCUAACUUAAGAUAUCUAUAGACUCAAACUAAAUUAGUCAGAGCUGUCUUUCUGUGGAUAAAGGAUUAAAAGAUUACUCUGGUAAUCUUGAAUUUGGUUGCUCUUUUCCUUUCAACAGGAAUGCAUUUUCAAGAAGACCUCUGACAGCACAAGUCUGCGUGUCUACUGGAGUGGCCAACUCCGCAUCUAUAAUUGCAACAGCUGUUGUAGGCGAUGGUAUUUCACUUUUAAUGGCGCAGAGUGCUCGGCUCCAGCAGCUAUUGAUGCUACUGUUUACAUGGUAUAUGGAAGUGGCAGCAGACUACAAAAUUUGCACCGUCCACGUCACGUCGAGGGAGUCUGCGAUAAAAUCCACAAAGGCACUGUGCGCGUGGGAUUCUGGGUCGGCAACUGCAAAGGUUACGGUUCUGCUGAUGCAGUCACAGGAUGGAACUCGGUGUCCCGGAUGUUCGUGGAAGAAAUACCUCCCCCACAAGCUUAA